GCUUUUAGAGGUGAAGAGUGUCCAGAUACUGAUUUAGUUGUUCUUCCAUUCAUUGGGUGAUACCAACCAAUCUUGAGCAGGUACGCAACUUUCUUUGCUUACUAGAUAAACAAUAGGCUCAGAACUUAGAAAUUGAUUAGAUAAGUGCGCAAUAUAUUCAGUUGAGAUUUUAAGUGUUAUUUUGCUUCUUAUAUAUAAGGUUUGCAUCAUUGGUAGUAGUUUGAAUGAACUAUUUUUGUACAUACUUUGACAGGAGCUGAAAUAUUUUGCAUCUCGCAAUUGAAAUGCUGGACAAGAAUUGGGUUUCGAAACCACGGGAAAGUAUUGCAUAUCGCAAUGGAGUAGAUAACUUUUUGAACUUUGCAUUUGCUAAUUCAGCUGAGGGAGAUCAGAUUGUGUGUCCUUGGUUCUCGCAAUUCAAACUCUAAUUAAGCAUGAUAAGCGUCGUCAGACACAAAGUAGUGGAGUAACAUUGACAACCAUGACCUCUAGUUUUGCUAGCGCCAGAGAUAAGAGCCCGGUGCUCGCUAAUGUUGCUUAUUAUGGGGCUAUUGAAGAGAUUCUCUAGUUGGAUUAUUAUGGACACUUCAAAAUUGUCUUGCUCAAGUGCAAGUGGUUUCACUCGGAAAGGGAUGACUACGGGCUUAUUCGGGUCAAUAUGAAGAAAUUAUUAUACAAAAAUGACCCGUUUGUCAUGGCAAAUCAGGUAAGCCAAGCAUUUUAUGUACAAGACCCCGUGGAACAAGAUUGGCACUAUUUCAUGGAGGCAAUCCCUCGGGACUUAUUUGACAUGGGAGCUGAAAGUUCGUUGGAUGAGGCUGCUUCUUCUUCACAGGAGUUCAGAGUUGAUGCUUUGCAGAAUGUUGUACCAGUUGAUAACAGUGACAUUCAAUGGUCGCGGGAGGAUGUCGAUGAAAUACUAGUUGACAACCCUGAAGACAUUGCUAUGCAUGAUGAUCGUGCUCCAACUGAGGCUGAAGUGACGGAGAAUGAACACUCAGGUGAAGCUGAAAUGAUGGAGCAUGUACAUAAACACUCAAGAGAAGCUGAAAUGUCAGAUGAUGAAGACGGAUUCUCAAGUGAAGAAGAACCUGCAGAUGAUGUAGAUGAAUACUCUGACUGGUUAGUUAAUCAUUACACACUCAAGGACUACAAGCAAGCUCCUGAGGUAACCUAGUUAACCAACUACCAUUGGUGCUGUUUCUCUUUUAUUGAUAAUGACUAUGGAGUAAGGGCUAACCUAGUUAACCAACUAACAUCCUACUGCUUGCAUGAAAAAUGGUAUCUAAUAAUAUACAGAAUGAACAUUUUGGGUGACACCGACCCUUAAUAAAUAAGGAUUCCACGU